AUGGAGGCUGACAGCUGCAACCAGCCACACCAAGGUCGAAGCAUCUCACUCCGUCCCUCUCAUGGUGACGUCGAGGGCGACAGCACCACUGACGACGAAAUGUAUGCGGGAGACACUGUUCCGUACAACUUGACAUCGGGCCAGAAUGGAGGAGAGAGACAAGUAGCGGAAGAUGAUGGAGAGACACAAGCGAUUGAUGAUGAAGAGACACAAGCGAUUGAUGAUGAAGAGACACAAGCGAUUUAUGAUGGAGAGACUCAAGCGAUUUAUGAUGGAGAGACACAAGCGAUUGAUGAUGGAGAGACACAAGCGAUUUAUGAUGGAGAGACACAAGCGAUUGAUGAUGGAGAGACGCAAGCGAUUUAUGAUGGAGAGACGCAAGCGAUUUAUGAUGGAGAGACGCAAGUAGUCGAUGAUUGGCAAACCCAAGGAGCUGAUGAGCGAAAGACGCAAGAAGCCGAUGAUUGGGAGAUGCAGAAGGGAGACACCAAUGCUCGUCCAGGUGACACUGGUAAAGCUCAAGAUGAUCGCCCAUCCUCGCCCGUCAAGCUUGAGAAGCCUGAUCAAGAUGGAAACCCCUCCAUGUCACUUACAGGCAGACGUCAGAUGGCCAGGUCACGGACCACCAGCUUGUCAGGCGAAGCCGAAGAUGUAGGGGAGGGGCGCGGCGAAGGCGUGAAGGUGCUGGAGAGGCUGGAGGCACUCAAGGCAGAGAUCCAGAAGCUGCUCUUGACUCCCGUCAUGCAAGUGCCGAGUAGGACCGACGAAUGCGUGAGGCUGCUGGAGGAAUGCAAGGCAUCCGCAGCGUCGAUGGGAGAGAAGCUCAAGACCAUGGCAGAGAACAAUGCAAGUUUGAAGAGAAAACAUGAAGAAGAACAGACGGUCUCAGCCCAGCUGAGAAACAAUGAGAAGGACCUCAGAACCCAGCUACAAGCUUCUGAGACAAGCUUGAUAGGCCUACAGUCUGAGCUUGAAGAAGAGAGGAGGGAGGGAAAGCGGCUCAAAUCAAGGGAAAGAGAGCUCGUUGAGAUUAUCUCCAAUGCUCGCCGCAUUCUGGAACAAGGCAAGCAUCCAAAUCCUACAAACACUGAAUCAUAG